GUGACUAAAGUGAAAACAUUCCUAAUAAAUGAUGUAGACGGUUAAGAGGUUUCCAGUGCUAAUAGUCAGCUUUACAAUUUACCCCAUAGUGGUGAAUAACUCGUUUAAUUCUGACUUAACAUUACUGAAUUUAAAUUAACCGAAUAUAUUUGAAUCCGUCAUAUAACACGUACAGUUGCUUUAUACAAAAGCCGCCAGGGGAAUUUAACAUGUGUUUCACGUAUGCCGCCCAGAUAGAACACAGUCGGGAGUUAGACUUCAGGCAGGAAGCAUAUUAUGUGUAACAAUGUUUCUCAUUUACAGUUUCUCAUUGGUUAUUAUCAAUUAAUUUUCAGUUAAUCACUGAAAACAAUGUAGUACCGGGAUUAAGAAACGCUUUUAAGGUUAGCUGAAAACAAAAUGAAUUUUAAUUUUAUUUUCAUUUUAUUAUUUGUUGAAUAAGCAUAAAACUCUAAAAUUUGAAUCGAAAAACAUACUUAAAAGGCCAAAAUACGACUUCAAUUUUCAUCCCGUUUUACGCGAAAAAUUAAAAACGAAUACACAAUGUACAAGUAGACCGGCAAAGGUUUAUUACUUACAGUGAAUAAAUAAGAUAUAUCUGACUAAAAGAUAGAAUUUCGCCAAUUAGCAUAAAAUAAAACACUCUCUUUGUCCAUUUCAGGUGUUUAUUUGUAUAUCCAUUUGUCUUUUGCUAUUAAUGGACAGUGGAACGUUCAUUCUCGAAAGUAUGAAAGCAAUAAAAGCAAAACCAGAUAUGUCUUUUUUAAAUCAAAAUAGUGUCUGGAAUGAGCAUAUAGUGGUGAAAAACAUACUGUACAGAGGUGGUCAAUACUUGACAGAAGAAAACAUGGAGAAUAUAAAGGUUCAUAGUGUCAACCAAUGCAGAAAUCGUAGAUAUCUUGUUUACAUAUGUGACCAUUCAAGUAUAUGUGGGGGCUGGGGUGACCGUCAGAAAGGCAUUGUAUCAUCCUUUCUAUUGGCACUACUGACAAAUAGGACUUUUAUCAUCGAUAUGACAAAUCCAUGCCAACUGGAAAACUUUCUCCUGUCCAAUGUUUACAACUGGUCAAUAUGUAGUAUUUAUGUAAGAACUCUUCCGAAGAAAAAUAUUAGUAACUUCAAUUAUGUGGUAGGUAGUAGGAAAUUUUUGAAGCAAAUUAAAGACUUUAAUUUUGACAGGAAUUGGACAGCACAGGUUGUAAAUUUGCGAUUCAAUGCAUAUGUUAUUGAUCAGAUAAGACAACACAGUCAAGCUAAAGAACGACUGAACUGGCUGUUGAAUAUUACAAAUGAGGCAGCUAUUCAUAGAGUACUGCACACUUUAUUUCAACCAAAUCAAAGAAUUCUGGAUGAUGCUGUCAAGCUUCACAUGAAAACGAUACGUGGCAAACAUUUAGUGUGCAGCCAUAUCCGCAAGGGGAAGAAUCCCAGUAUUCCAGAAGACAACAAGCUUCCUAGAGGAACUCCAAAUGAGACUUUGAUUUUUGACUUCUUGAAUAGGUAUAGUGAUGACAGAAAAUACACAAUCUAUAUUGCAACUGAUUCGGACGAAGUUAGAAGACUUGCUGAAGCAAAUAUCAGAUCAUAUAUUAACAUUAACCGAACAAUCGUUCAUGUUGACCGAUUGGGAAAACUAAAAAAGUAUAAGGAAGAAGCUUGUGAAGGAUUUGGUACUGUACUUUUUGAACAGUUUCUUCUAUCGUUGUGUGACACACUUGUUUUAACACGAAGUAAUUUUGGUGUUAUUGCAGCAUAUAUAAGAGGCAUUUCUGAAAAUCUUUUCUUGUAUAAUCCGAAAACUGAUGAAAUACUUCAGUCAAAUCUUACAUACAUGCAAAACGUAUUCAAAUUCAUCUAAACUUCAGCAAUACAUUAUUCUAAAACUUAUUUUGAUUCCACUGCUACAUCGUUUUAAUGCAUAACCCGAUGACCUAUAUAAAUGUGUAUAAGCUAUUAAACACUUUCCUAACGAUUUUUGCUAUGAUCAUUUCUUAACAAACACUGUUUCAUUAAGCUAGGUGUUCAUGUUCGUGUCCAAACCUGUUCCAUUUUGUACUAAAAUAUUUAUAAUUCAAAUACGUUGCUUAGAUGGAACGGUAGAAAUAUCUUGCAUACCAUUUUGUAUGAAUCAUAUGGCUGCAAAGCAGAACUUUUUGGACGUCUCAGAUCUCUGUUUGCUUCGAUUAAUUCGUAAUAUGAAAGACGCGCAUUUUCUCCGAAGUAACAAAACCAAAAGAAAACGUUCUCUGUGAUGCGAAGUAAAGUGCUAUUCUCCGCCGUUAGUUGAUGAAAUUUUGUCGUUUCAAAACCUUUACUAUCAGGGUAUACAUUACAAGGUUUUACUGCUCAUGAACAGACUCAAUAAAACCGAGUCUGCAAUUUUCACUGUUUGCUUUGUUCUCGGUGCUUCCGAGGGAUCUACUUUCCAGAUUUUAUUUAUAUUUAGGUGUGAAAGAAUUGCUGGACUUUAAGGUAACAGUUAUUAUUUUAACAAGAGUCAUUAUACAAUGUAAUUAUUUCACAUUUGUACACAUUAUUGGUGACGCUAAAACAAUACAAGUUAUGUCUCUAAUCUUACCGCUUUUCAUCCGCACUAAACGUCGUACUUGUAACAAUUAUAUAUAAACGUUAUAAGCCAGUGUUUACAUAUAAAAGCCAGGUGAAAACUUUAUACAAUAUAUCUCAUUUUAACUCACAUUGUAAUUAACUAAAGUAGCAUUUACACGUUUUGUACUACUGAUUUCCACACUUCCUGACCAACUGUAAGUUCUGAUAUACUCUUCCGACGAACUUUUGGCAUACUUAAUAUAGUCUCUUGUAAUUCUAUAUAGAAUGGCCAUUUACAUGUAUGAUAUGUGCUAU